UUUCAAAAUAAUCCAGUUCAAAAUAUCCCCCAUAGGGUCAACAAGUGCCGCUGAGAUCACGACUUGCCGCCAAUAGUACAAACCAGCUCGCCCACACGCUAGGACAGACUCAAGCCGCGUGUCGAUCCUCUCGUCGAGACAUGCUUGGGCGACUCGUAUACGACCCUACUUGUCUCUCCCUUAUUCUCCCCUGAAGGAAUAAUCGCCUCUUCCAUUCCGGCUUUGUAAUCUCGGACCCAGGGUUCGAAAGCACGAUAGGAUGGUAUACGCCCCUCAAAGACGCCAUCUAAUGGCCUCCAUGUGCGGUACAGCCCUCCCCCUCGCACUCUUAUCCCAUCUACUCCACCCUUCUCUGAUCAUCCUCGGCUUCCGCUUCCUGUGCCAUUUCCAAAUACAAGUCAUCUCCCUCGUACCAACCAAAGGAAGAAGUCUAAGAUGGCUAGUCGGGAUGAUGACGGGGGGUACGAUAGUGGUGCUGCUUGUGAGGUGGUUAGAGUAUGGAGGGGAAGGUAUGGGCAUGGGUAUCAUGUUGGAUUUCAUUGGGAUCGACGAACAGCCGAGUCUAUUACAUCUCAUCCUACUCGACCUGACUAUAUACAUCCUUCAUUUCCUCGCACUCUUCAUCGCAUACCUCAAUAACCUUCCGCUCACUAUCGAUGUACGGAAGGUAUUUCCCUUUGACGAUAUCCUCCUGCCGCCUGCGCCUACGCCUGUUUCAUCGUCGAAUGAACGGGGAGAAAUCGUCUUUGACGAGGACGAGGAAGAAGAGGGGGGAGAGGGAGAGGGGGCGGAACAGAGUGGAGCUCGGAGAAGAAGAGGGAAAGGGGCAAAGUAUAGUCGGGUUGGGGACGGGAAUGAAGAAGAAGAAGAGGUGUGGCUUGAUGAUGCCAUUCCACCGACGUCUGCACUCCUCCCAACAAUCCUCGAACCACCCCUCAUCGCCUCCCUCCCCUUCCUGCACAUACUCCAAACCAUCUGGCGAUUACCAAGUCCGAAAGUAGAACGCUCCUUUGAGGGCGGGACGCCUGCGCAUACGCCGGGGGGGUCGCCUAGUGCGGGUGGGCGGGGCAGAGAAGCGGUGGAUGGGUUUCUAGAGGAGGGCGGUUCUGGUUCGCAUGGGGGGAAUGAUGGGGUACGGCAAGGAGAUAGUGGGGGCGGUACGGGUGAAAUGGAUGAGAGAACGAAUGGGCGGGAGGGAUGGUCCGGAUCAUCUGGAGCAUCUGGGGCAUCUGGAGGGAGCGGGAAUGAGCGGAGGGAUAGGGAAGGCGUGGGUCGUAUCCCGGGAGACUAUUGGGUCAGUCGGGAUUGGUAG